CACGAUAGGCAGGGCGGUAUGAAGCUCAGCGACUAGUCAGGCAGGGACAGCUGGUAGGCGGUCACAGAAAACGAGUUUAACAGCACCAUGGCUUCCAACGACAAGACCCCCGCCGCCCCUCGCUACCAAGACGGCGCCGCCUACUUCGACAUGGGCGAGCACACCCUCCGUGUGCCCAUGAGCCUCCAUGCCGAGAACCGCGAGCGCCUGUGCAAGCGCCUGAAGAACCGCAGUGUGCCUUCGGGAAGCGUCGUCCUCCUCCAGGGCGGCGAGGAUACCACCCGCUACUCCUCGGACAUGGAAAACGUCUUCCGCCAGGAGUCAUACUUCCACUGGGCCUUCGGCGUGUUGGAGCCAGGCUGGUACGGUGCCGUGGACGUGGACUCGGGCCGCACGGUGUUGUUCUGCCCUCGCCUGCCAGAGGAGUACGCCGUGUGGAUGGGCCGCAUCGUCCAGCCCGAGGAGUACCGCGCUCGCUACCAGGUCGACGAGGUCUGCUUCGUGGAUCAGAUCCCGGAGAUCCUACGCGGGAUGGCCACCGGCAGCCUCCUCACCCUGCGCGGCACCAACACGGACAGCGGGAAGACCACCCGCGAAGCCGCCUUCGAGGGCAUCAGCGAAUUCCAAGUUGAUAAUUCCAUUCUCCACGAUGAAAUAGCAGCCUGUCGAGUCACUAAAACUAAGGCUGAGCUAGAGGUGCUGAGGUUUGCAUCCAGAGUGUCUGCUGCUGCCCAUAGAGCUGUGAUGCGUAAGAUCCGUCCUGGAAUGAAAGAAUACCAACUUGAAGCUAUCUUCCAACACCACUCUUACUACCAUGGUGGUUGUCGUCACCAGGCCUACACUAACAUAUGUGGUUCUGGGUGUAAUGCUGCUGUGCUUCACUAUGGACAUGCUGGUGCUCCAAAUGCUAGAACUGUGGGUGAUGGAGACAUCUGUCUGUUUGACAUGGGUGCUGAAUAUUACUGCUAUACCAGUGAUAUCACUUGCUCUUUCCCCGCAAAUGGAAAAUUCACAGAAGAUCAGAAGGCUAUCUAUAAUGCUGUUCUUAAUGCCUCACGUGCUGUGAUGGCUGCUGUGCGUCCAGGAGUGUCUUGGGUAGAGAUGCAUCGUGUGUCAUACCAAGCAAUGCUGGAGAAGCUGAAGGAAGCAAACAUUGUUCAAGGAGAUAUUGAUGAAAUGAUGAAGGCCAAUUUGGGUGCAGUGUUCCAACCCCAUGGUUUAGGACAUUUAUUGGGUCUGGAUGUCCAUGAUGUUGGUGGCUACCUUGAGGGUAACCCAAAUCGUCCUCAAGAACCAGGCUUCCGCUCCUUGCGAACAGCCAGGAUUCUAGAGGAAAACAUGGUUCUUACCAUUGAACCUGGGUGCUACUUCAUUGACCAUCUCCUGGACCAGGCUCUUGCCAACCCAGAGCAAGCUCGUUUCUUGGUUCCUGAGGCCAUUGCCCGCUUCCGCGGAUUUGGUGGAGUGAGAAUUGAGGAUGACAUUGUUGUCACAGCCAAUGGCAUGGAAGACUUGACUGGAGGAAGCAUACCAAGGACUGUUGAAGCUAUUGAGCAGCACAUGGCUGAAGGUCAAAGGGAGGAAGAAAUGUUCAUCCCUCAGCUCCAUGCCCAGGAAAAGCUGGGUCACUAAAAACAAGUUCUUGCCAGACUUUAAAAGGGAACAGUAGCUAAUCUUUCACCAAUGUAACUAUAAAAUAUCACCCAGAUUGUUACAGUACAAAUAAAAGUUUCCAGCAGUGUCUUUCAGAUAAUUAGCACAAAAUUUGGUACUUCAUUGUGUAAGACUAUAUAAUCUUGAUGAUAUUUACUUUUGUACCAGAUGAAUAGGUUACUACCUGAUUAGUUAUAAUACAUAGGUGAGAAUUAACUUACAUUGUGGUUAUUUGAUAUUAUUUGGGAAAUGAAAUGUUUUCACAUUAUUAUUUUGAACUGAUUUUAUGUCCAGUUAUUUGCCCCUACUAACUUGUCAAUGUCAAUAAAUAUGUGUUGGAUAUAUACUCAAGCAUAUAGGAUACUUUUUAACAUGGAAUUUGUUUCAGUUUAGAGAUAUAUUAACAUCAUCUUUUAUAUAUCAGAUGAUCAUGUUUCUCUGCAAUUGAUAGCAAAUUGUUGACCUAAUAUAACUCAAUAUUGUGGGUUUCAUAAUAUGAAAGAUUACUGAGAGGAAAGAGUUGUGAUCAUUUUUGUACAUGUUCACUUUUAUGUAUCAGGGAAAAGAAUAUAUAUAUAUAUGUUGGAAAUAAAGUUUUGGUGACUCA